CUGCCCAUUUCUUUCUUGAUCCACCGCCGGGGUUUUCGAUCGAUCGCCAAGAAGCGCUGCGGAGACGCGCAUUUCGACCCUCGGCGGUAAGAUUUGUGGCCGAUGCGUUUUGUUGCGAGGCAAGAAUCUUGCUUCCCUAGCUCGUCUUCCGUCCAUCGGCCAGAUGAGAAGAUUCGAGCUCCAAAAGCCGGAGAAAUGCUGUGAGGAGGCUCGGAUUUCGGGAUCUUUCUUCGAGAAUGCAGGUCGAGGGGAUGGAUUGGCCCUAGGAAGUGGGAGUGGUUUCACGUAGCAUAGAAUUUCUAGAAAGGGAGCUGUACAUACUAGUCUAGAUUAGCAUCCCAGUCUUUAGCACUCGAAUGCUUUGGCGAUGGCUCGCAGCGAUCCGGAUUGGGCUUCGUGGCACGAUGAUUCCUUCAAGCUGGAUGCCGAUUCUCCAUUGGCUAUUUCUCGAUCACUCUGGGAUGAGCUCUCGCAAAGUGAGGCGGAUUCGCGAACUUUGUUCGCCUCGACGCCUGCGGCGGACAUUACUGAGCCAUUUCUAUCAUCUUUGUCUCAUCCAGGCGGCUCUCAAAACCACUGUGAUGAGCAAGAUAGCCCUCGCCAGAAGAGGAGACGAAUGCUUUUCUUCUCGGGACUACAACCGCAGGAGGGCUCAUCAAUCCAAGACUACGAGAUCUCAGAGCGUGCUCAAGAAAACCCGUCUUGGUGCCAAGAGGAUUCUCUCGAAGAUAACCUGGAGCAGCCGAGUGAUUGCUGGAUGGAAACUUGCUUUAAUGACUCUGAUGAACACAAUAUGGAAGUUGUCCCUUGCAAAAAAAUCCAGGUGCCUUUGUGCCAUACUGCCAGUGAGAUCCCAAGUAAUUUACAGGAUAACUCCAACAGAGGCCCCGAGACACCAAUCUCGGGUAGAGGUAGAAAGAAACAUCGUGUGCAGGGUCGGCAGAAGCUGACGAGCCCCGUCGCGUAUCCAUUCGCUCUACUGAAACCGUGUGGCGCGACUGGCGAUAUAACGUUGAGCGAUUUAAACGAGAGAAUUCAGACCCCGAGAGCGAAACCCAUCGUGAGGCGGUUAAGUGGCGAGCUCGGUGAUUCGGAGUCCUCUCAGAGCCUGGGAGCAGGACUAUCUGGAAAAUCCGUCGUAGCUCUGACUAAGAUCCAUACCGAAGGGAACGGUUCAAUUACGAUAAUGCGAACUAAAGGAUGACUUCGUGACUCA